AUGGCGUCUGGGGAGCCGGGUGAUUUGGGCGUCUACAGCUUCAGAUUCCUGCCUCAGAAAACCUUCCAGUCUCUGAGCACCCCGCAGACCACCAGCCGGCUCCGCCAGUGGUCUAUGCUGGGUAGAAUCGAGGCGCAGGCGUUCGGGUUUGACCAGACGUUUCAGACUUAUCGCAAGGAUGAUUUCAUAAUGGCCUUUUUCAAAGAUCCAAAUGUUAUUCCCAAUUUGAAGUUACUUUCAGAAUCUUCUGGAGAGUGGAUUACAUUAGGAACUGAAGUGAAAAAAAUUGAAGCUAUAAACGUUCCUUGCACACAGCUUUCAAUGUCAUUUUUUAAUCGGUUAUAUGAUGAAGCUAUUGUACGAGACAAUGGAUAUAUUGUUAAAUGUCUAGAUUCUUUUUGUGAUCCCUUCCUUAUUUCUGAUGAGUUACGAAAAGUUUUGCUAGUGGAAGACUCAGAAAAAUAUGAAGUAUUCAGCCAACCAGAUAGAGAAGAGUUCCUGUUUUGUCUUUUCAAACAUCUUUGCCUUGGUGGAGCUCUUUGUCAAUAUGAAGAUGUAAUUAGUCCAUAUCUGGAAACAACAAAGCUUAUCUAUAAGGAUCUAGUGAGUGUUCGGAAGAAUCCUCAAACCAAGAAAAUACAAAUUACCUCUUCUAUUUUUAAAGUUACAGCAUAUGAUUCUGUUGGUGUGUGCUACCCUUCAACAAAGAGUCAUGAACAGACAUUUUCUUACUUUAUUGUGGAUCCUUUCAAGCGUCAUGUUCAUGUUUUAUACCACUGUUACGGCAUGGGGGAAGUGUCUUAA